GAGCGAUAGAUCGAGCAAUCGACGCCGAUGUAGGGACACCAAGGGAACGCCCUGUGGCCGUGUGGCUGCCAUUUUUCAAUUGUACCGCGGCGCCUCGAAUUGAAUAUGCCAAAGCUAACGGUCGGCGUUCUCCUCUUUGACGGCUACACCAUCCUGGACGUUGCUGGACCAUUGCAGCUCUUCGACAUGCUGCCGGACCUGUUUGAUACCGUCACGAUCUCUCAGGAGGCGGGCACGAUCUGGACCAACCCGCCGAUGGCUGGCACGCCCAUGGUGGCUUCGCACAGCUUCGAGUCGGCGCCGCGUGUCGACAUCCUCUUGCUCCCUGGGGGCCUCGGCACGGACGUGUUUGCCAAAGAUCCUGCGUACCUCGCUUUUGUCCGCGCCCGGGCGGCAUCCGCAACGUAUGUUUUGAGCGUUUGUACGGGCUCGAGCUUUCUCGCAGCGUCUGGGCUUCUCGACGGGAAGCGCGCGACGACGAACAAGCUCGCCUUCCAGCACAUCCAGAGUUUUGGCUCGAGCGCCAUCCAGUGGGUCAAGCAAGCGCGGUGGGUCGUUGACGGCAACAUUUGGACGAGCUCUGGCGUCACGGCGGGCAUUGACAUGGCGGCGGCGUUCUUGACGGCCGUGGUUGGCAUCGAAAGAGUCCAGCCGAUCCUGGAGCUCAUCGAGUAUGUGCCCAGCACAAACGAGUCGCACGAUCCAUUCUCGUACCUCACCGAGCAUGACCACUGGGCGGCGAUCAACAAGGCGCCGUAAUCCUCAAGCACCACGACGGCAGAAGUUUGCGCCGCAUCAAAUGAAUACAUCGAUCUAUCUAGUUACGCUA